AUGUAUUAUAAUGGUAUUACUUGUCAAGAACGUCUUGGAUUCGGCCAAUCAUGUGAUUCUCAAUCUGAUAUCUGCAUGGAAUAUUUAACGUGUUCGACAAGUACAAAUUCUCGUGCUUGCCCAUCAAGUUUAUACUACAAUCAGACAGAUUGUAAUACGAGAAUAGGAUUAAAUGACACUCAACCAUGUACAUUAUCAAGUCAAUGUGUUUCUGGUCUGAUAUGCAGUCUAGCAUCGCAAAUAUGGAAUGGUGCUGGUUGUCAAAAUCUGUCUACAAAUGGUGAAUAUUGUGUCGCGAAUCUUCAAUGCGAUAGUUCAGCUCUUUUAACAUGUAAUACUACACUUUCGAGAUGCACAUGUGAAAUUAGUUCUUAUUGGGAUGCCACAAUUUGUCGUCAAAGUCUUAACAAUGGUUCACUAUGUAACAAUACUCAACAAUGCUAUUCAAGUUUAAUAUGCAUUGAUGGUUACUGUCAAUGUCCAUAUAUCUAUACACAAUAUUGGUCAAGUCAAACAUCAACAUUACCAACAAAUUCAACAAGAGUAACAUAUUCCGUACUUUCAUCUAGUAAUAUGCUAUCAACAAUUCAAUAUGAUUACCAAUUAAAUUAUGUAUUUAGUCAGCAUGUACGUGUUUAUAAUUGGACACUAAACUUUUUGGCAACAAUAAAUCCAGUAGCAAAUUAUUUUCACGAGGCUCCUGAUAAUACUUUAAUAAAACCAUCAUAUUUUUGUAAUGAAACAGUUCGUUUAUAUUAUACUGGUGAUAUAAUUUCCUUUAAACUUGCCACAAAUACUCCGUGUCUUUGUGCUUUACCAAAUACACCUGUUGGACAAUUAGCUAAUCAAUUGAAUGCAUACAUUUAUCAUACUAAAUAG